AUGGAUGCUUCAAAAGUUAAACUCAAUAAUAGAUUGACUAUAGGAGAAAACACAUGCACAAUACGGUUCAUAGGUAGAAUACCACAGUGGCCUCAUGAUGUUGCAAUUGGUGUUGAAUGGGACAAUAUAGAAAGAGGAAAAAAUGAUGGUAGUUUAGAUGGGAUUCAAUAUUUUCAAACAAGAAGAAGACAAAAAUCUGGUUCCUUUUUUAAAAAAGAAAAACUGUUAAAAGAAUUAGAAAAUUCAACAAAAGUCAACAACAGCAAGACACUUUCAGAUCAUCUAUCACUAAUCAUCCAAGAAGAAAACCUGAAAGAAGUAGAAAAAAGUGACAACUCUAAGCAUGAUCUGAACGGGAUUAUAUCUUUUGGACUCAAAAAUGUAGAAUUUUUAGGAUUUGAUACUACACCAAAGGAAACAAGCCAUAGAUUCACUAGGACCAUCUUAGAUUUAUCUGGUAAAAAUAUAUCACAAACUGGUGACUUGGAUUCAGCCGAAGUUAAAGGAUAUUUCCAAAAAGUUGAAUAUUUAGACUUGUCGGAUAAUUUUUUAUUUAAUUUUCAAGAUGUUAUAAAGAUUAUUGAUAUAAUGCCUAACUUACAAGUACUAAAACUAGACGGCAAUAAAUUUAAGGUUAGUAGCAUUGCUGGAGUCCAUAAUAUUAUAGUGUUGAAAAAACUAUCUCUCGCUGGCUGCACCAAUUCAGAAGAUUUUAUAAAAUUUGUUGUAUCCAUCACUAAAAUAUUUAGGUGCGAUAGUUAUGAUUUUUCCAAUAACGCUUUGGACAACACUUGUAUGGACAACCAAGACAAUCUCACAAUAAAUAUAAACUGUAAGGUAUUAGAUUUAUCAUAUAACAAGUUUACUAAAUUUCCCCUUUUAAAUUUGGAUUCAUCAUCGAUAGUUGAGGAAUGGUUACUACAUGACAAUAAAAUUGAACAAGUAGAUAAUAGUGCUACAUUUUCAGCCAUUAGAAAUAUAAAAAGCUUGGAUUUGAGGUAUAAUAAAAUUACAGAUUGGCAAUUUAUAGAUAAGUUAAGGAACUUUAUACCAAAUUUAAAGAAAUUAAGAAUAGUAAAUAAUCCUAUUGUUUUUAAAUAUGAAGAAAUGUUUCCUAUAUUAGUCCCUAGGUUACCACCAAGUUUGAUAGAAUUGGAUGGCUCUGCUAUAAGUUCAAUGGAACGUGCUGACUUAGAAUUACAUUUUGUGAACAGCGUGAAAAAAGGUGAAAUUUUGUAUGCCAAAGAAACUGAACAUUGGAAUUAUUUAUGUGAGAAACAUAAGGUUACAACUUCCAUCCUUCCAAUGGUAGUUACAACCGAUUCAUUUUUAUCCCAAAUGGGACUGAUUAAGUUGAGGAUAAUGCCAUUUAAUUUUGAUAUAUACAUCUUAGAUACAUGUACAGUUAGAUAUUUGAAAACUGUCAUUAGAACUCAGCUAAAAAGGAAAACAACUCACUAUAAUAUUCCAUACUCGAUAAUAAAGAUAAAGGAUAUAAAAUAUGCUGUUGUGCAUGAUACAUUGGAAACAUUUAUAAAUGAAUUUAGUCCCUUGUCAUAUUACAAUUUGCAAGAUGGAGAUAUAAUUCAUGUGAUUUUAGGUUAA